GUGCCACGUCAGCAACAUGACGGGCCUGCCAGGCCAAUUGGCCAACGAUCCCAUUGCUGACUACAAAAAGCGCUUCCAGGCUCAGCUCGCUGCAAUCGAGGCUGAGGAACAACGCCAGCUGGCAGUCAAGGCUGCCCAGCUACAGGCUGAAGAAGAGGCAACAGCAGAGAAGCUGCGGCUACAGGCCGAAGCAGACGCAGAUGUCCAGGUUCGCCGCAAGGAAGCCCAGGAUCUGCUGCAGCGGCAUGAAGCCAGCAACAUCGACAGACUUAAGUUCUGGCACUUUAAACCGAACGGCGACGAACCAACACCGGAAGAGAAGCAUAAGGAGUUCAUGGCCAAGCUCGUGACUAGGUUGGUUUAUACUUGUAACCACCUACAGUCCGAGUUGGCGAACCUUCAGUGGGCCGUGCGGAACCAUAAGACUCAGCACGAGGAUGCCACACGGGCACUGGAUGCCCGUGUACUGGACCUGGAACAGGCUGUCCCAGGACCAGAUGCUGGGGCUUCCAGCAGUGCAUCCUCUAGCCGCCAACUGGAGGAACGCGUUGACCACGUAGUGGCAAUGCUAGGAGACAUAAGUGCCUUCACAGAGCCGGCCACCAUCAGCCAGCGGUUCGAGUUGCUGGACACUAAGAUCAGUCAGCAACAGCAGACCGACCACAGCCACAACAACAGCCCGGCAAGGCCAUACAAGAUGCYGACGUUCCGGAUCGAGAAAUUUGAUGACCACACACAUCAAGACCCGGUCGUCUGGUGGCAAGGAUUUACAAUGGAGUUGGGGAUCCACGAGGUCCCUAACCAUCUGUUCAUCAGUGCUCUAUUCAUCAACACCAAGGGAGGAUGUCAGAUUUGGCUCAGCCACGUGGCAACCAUCCACGGCGUCCAGGUUUCAGACCUGCAUAAGAAGGUCACCUGGGAGGAUAUGGCAAAGGAAUGGAAGAAGCGGUUCAUAGUGGAUGACGCACCCGYGCUCGCCAUCAAYCGCAUCUUCGCGAUGGCUCAAGGGAGCACACCGACACUUGACUGGCUCACGGAUUGGCAGAAGAUCGUGGCCACGCCCGAUCUGGACUUGCCAUUUUCGCAUCUGCGCCGUGAGUUCUACAACAGGUCAUGCGCCACUCUGAGCCUCGCACUUCGCGAGCAGUACCACACUUUCGCAGAGAUCAUCAACAAGGCGAGAGAGAUCAUCAAGACCAACAGCUCAGCUGCACAUGAGAAAUCAACAUGGCAUCCGACCUAUGUGGAGAAGGCACGAAUUGGUCCGCGACAGCAGCACUUCGCUGCAGUCCAGCAGGACAGUGGAGAUAACCCAGCAGCCACUCCAGCAUCAAGUGACGGAGAUCAGGUGGCUGCUGUCCAGCCGCGAAGCAACAACAAGUCCCGCAACAAUGGGAAGGCGAAAUCCGCAUYGCAGGCCGGAAAUGGACAGCCAGUACAAGUUUCAUGGGUCAAGUUCGGCUUGACCGAGGCGGAGUACAAACUCGGGAAACUAAGAUCCGCGGAAGGUGAGGCGACUCCACCUUCCACUCCGCCAGAUUCGGCCGCCUUGCUAGCRGCCUCCUGCACAUCUGGGGAGGACGCGAAUGUCGCAAGUUCUCGUUACUCUUACGAGGACUAUGCUGUCUACUUGGUUCCACCGCUGGACCAGCCGCUCCACGUGCAACAGUCCACCGCAUGCACGGUUUCAHCACCAUCGGCAACCGAUUCGGCACCUUCGCCGCAAUCUAUCGCCGGGGAUUCGACGUCAUGGUCAAGACUUGAUGAGCUCGACCCGUUGACGUUCACGGACUUCCAGUGGAUGCCCGUUCCCUCGACCGGACGAUUGCCGAAACCUCAUUGCAAUGUGCUCAUGGCACAACUGCGGGACUACUUGCAUACUGCAGUACCAGCUCCGUUGAUGGACGACGGAGUAGAGGUUGUCAACCUUCACGAGUACAUUGCGAAGAUUGACCGCGAGUUCAAGACGCAACAUGCCUUGAUCGAUUGCGGAGCAUCUCGCAACUACAUCAGCCAGGACUUCAUGGUGCGCGUCGGCCUUGACCCACGUGUCCGGAGGAAGUCCCAGCCUACGCAAGUCAUGUUGGCAGACGGUCAUACGCACAAGUCAAUCGACCGGUGCAUUGACGCCGUCCCCGUGUACUUUGCCCCUCACGCAAGUGAGGCGGUGUCCUUUGACAUUCUGGACACCAAAUUUGACAUGAUCUUGGGCAUGUCAUGGCUGCGAAGCGAGGAUCACCCGGUGAACUUCUUCAACCGCACCGUUCACAUUCGGGAUCGGAACGGAGUACUAGUUCCAUGCACGGUGCCUCUUCCUCAUCCUUCUAUCAACUGCCACGUGGUAUCCGCCGCAAGCAUGCGAGCAUCCAUCAUCAGAGACGACAUCGAGGAGAUGGGGGAGAUGGCUAUGGCGGGAUCUUUGUCACGUUGUUCGGCGGAGGAGGAAAGGGAGGAGGAGCGAGACGAGGAGCGAGACGAGGAGCAGGAGGAGCGGGAGGAGCGGGAGGAACGGGAGGAGGGAUGGGAAAAGGAGCGGGAAAAGGAGUGGGAGGAACGGGAGCAGGUGCGGGAGAAGGAGCGGGACGGGAAAUGCGAAGGGGCGGAGGAGCCGUGGGAGGAGGAGCUGGAGAAUGAGGAGCGGCAGGGGAAACGUGGAGGGGGUUAGGGACGGGAGGAGCACAAGGAAAAACGGGAAGGGGCGAAGGCGGCGCGG